CCCGUCGUCCUCGAGUUUUACAGCGACGACUGCCCGCGCUGCCGCGAGGCCGCGCGGCGGCUCUACGACGUCGAGGUCGCCCACGCGGGCGACGUCGACUGGGUCAUGGUCGACACGCAGAACGAGGCGAACCGGCCCCUCUGGGAGAAGCUCGGCGUCGACGAGAUCCCGCACUUUUCGUUCCUGGAC